GCUUCUCGUUGGCGUUGUGUGGUGAAAAGUGCGCACACAAAGCAAGCAAACAAACACGACGAAAGCAAGCAAGUCAGAUCAACAACGCACACACACCACAAGGCAAGCAAGCAGACCACUGGACUGCAUUGCAUGCACACGCGAUGACGGCUGUUGUUGUUGGGAGGCGCGGGGUGGCGGUGGCUGCGGCUGCGACGCAGACGCCCGUGGAGGUGAGCCUGAGCGUGCCGUGGGGCACGGUGCAGGGCCUGCACUGGCCAGGAAGUGGGCCCAACGUGCUUGCAGUACACGGAUGGCUGGACAACGCCAACAGCUUCGUGCCACUACUGCAGCCCAGGAGCACCCGCCGGCACCACCGCCCGGCACAACAGCCGGGUGCACUCACGCCACCGCCAAUGCCUGACUCCAGUGGCGUGGACGACCCCCUGCUCCAGGACCUGAAUGUGGUGGCCAUCGACCUGCCAGGGCACGGCCGGUCGUCGCACAAGCCGCGCGGCGCAUCGUACCUGAUGGUGGAUUGGGUGCGCGACGUACACUGGGCAGUGAAGGCGCUGGGUUGGAACCGUGUUCACCUCGUUGGUCACUCGAUGGGCGCUGGCAUAUGUUCCAUCUUUGCCAGCUGCUUCCCAGACAAGGUCGACUCUCUCACCCUGAUUGAAGGCGCCGUCCCUGUACAAGGGCAGAGCAGUGCCGCACGCGAGGAUCUGCGCCAGGCGAUUCAGUCGUGGGAGGCCCUUGACGCGAAGAAAGCGCAGGACGGGCGCGGUUUGACGUUGGAGGAUGCGCUGCAGAAGCUGUUGACAGCAAACACGCACGUGACCGAGGCAUCUGCGCGCUUGCUUCUGGAUCGCGGAUUGCGCCCUGUCGACCCUGAUACAGCAACCACCAGCAGUAGGAGUAGCAGAAGCAGCACCAGCACCAGCAGUGCUGACAGGCGGAAGGGCCAAGAUGAGCGUGAACCGCGGUACCAGUUCUCGCGCGACCUGGCCAUUCGCCAGGUGUCCGCAACCCGGCUCAACUUUGAGCAAACGCAGGCGUUUAUGAAGGGCGUGCGCUGCCCGACAUGCGUGAUUCUGGCGGAGGACGGCGUCAAGUACCAGCUGGAGGCAACGCGCCAGCACCUCAUUGCCAUGUCCCGCUCUGCGGCCUACUUUGAGCGACACACCGUGCCUGGGUCGCACCACGUGCACAUGAAUGAACCAGAGCGUGUACGCCCGCUCUGGCUGUCUUUUCUUGCCAAGGCCCUCGCACACCCAGCACCUGCAACCGCACAAUCAAAGCUCUGACUUGUGUAUGAUACGCGUUUGAGUGAUUGAGUGCGUGUGUGUGUGUGUGUGUGUGUGUGU